CAGUUUUCGAUUUCUGGGAGCCUUCGCACAACCAUUCAAUCAUCUCAUUCUCUUCUUCCCCAAAAGAAACAAAAAAAAAAAUCCCACUUCCCUCUGCUUUUGCUUUUCUUCAAACAAGAAACAGAGCCACUUCUUUCUUUACUUUAAGCUACACUUCACCUAAAUUCUUUUAUUUCUUUUCAGUUUUUUUUCAGAUUUUGGUGAGAAAUCGACUUUGACCCAUCUCUCUGCAACUGUUUAAUUUUUUGCCUUAAUUUGAAAAAAACUGAUGGGAGUAGUUAAAGAAGAAGAAGAAGAAGAUAUUAAGUAGCGAUUAGCCUCAGUUGAUACGCAACUGGUUAACGCGUGUAAGGUUCUCGCUUCCCCGUUCCCCCAUUUUCCUUCUUUAUCUUCCUUGAAAGUGAUGGAAAUGACGGAGAAUCCCAAGUUGGAGAUGGCGUCGUCUUGCGAGGUCUAUGGAUUAGAAGAGAAGAUGAGUACCCAGAGAAUAUCAGUAUCGGAUCAUGUAAACGGAUUUCAGUACGAGGCCGAGGAAUCUGAUAGCUUUGUUAUUGACAUGGAGAGCUUCUCUCAUGGCGGCAAUAAGGAAAUUACUGCAAAUUCAAGAAUCACACUGCCAAGAAGUUUUUCCAGGAAAGGCUCCUUAAGAGGGAGUGACAAGAAAGUAAAUUCCAACGACAGAGAGUCCGGUCUUGCUAGCUCCUUCCCCAGAGGGACUAGCAUGCCUGAAAAGGCAGCGUCUAUGGUGGCUAUAGGGACCACAGAUCAUGCCAGCAACCCACAGGUUCAUCAUCAGAUCACCAUCACCACCGCCAACAUCAACGGUACAACUGAAAACAAAUUCACCUUGAGAAAGAACAGCUUCAAACGCUCUUCGUCUUCUUGGGCUGUUGAUCCUAAGAAAGUUCUCUUGUUCUUCGCGACUUUGUCAAGCAUUGGAACAAUGUUGCUGAUAUUCUUCACACUAUCAAUUAGCAAGCUAAAUGCAGAUGAAACAGCUCUUAAUUGAAGAAAUCCUAACAGGCACUGACAUCUUUUCCUUUCAAGUGGACCUACAGUAGACAACACUUGGGUGUAUAGAAUAAGAGACACAUAAAAAUAUGGAUGUAACUGGCUGAUUGUGGGGGACCCUUUUUUUGUAAAGAUUAUCUUCUUCUGUUGAGAGGUUAUGCAGCUAAAAAAAAUUUAAAAAAAAAAAAAAAAAAAAAAAAACUAAAAUGGUCGGCAAAAGCUAACCAGCCUUCCAUUGCUGUGGAUAAUCAGCAGUUCUCUACUUUUUCGGGGCUACUUUUCUAAAAAAAAUACACAUGUAAAGACAAGGACAUGCUGCAUUAUGACAAAAAGAAGGAAUCUCCCCUUUUUCUUGGUGGAUCUGUCUCAUUCUCCAUACCUUCUGCCCUGUUCCCUACUUUGGGCGAAUCAAACAUUGAGUGGAUCUUUUAUCUGUCUCGGUGGCUGUCAUGUGCACGAGCAAGGGAAGAAGAAACAUGAGAUUUGUGAGCAGUAAAGUAUUGUUAAUGAAACCAAGCAUGCGCUAACUUUUUGCACUAGAUGGAAACACGAGUAUGUUAGGAAAUACAGGAUAGAUAUAAUGUUUGUGAUAGUCAAUGUAAUGCAAGCAUGAACUGAAAGUCAACGAUGUUCUUUCGAGCUAUUCGGAACACAAUAUGAUUCAUCAAACAUGUUAAAUAAUUGAGUUGUAGAAGCACAAGUCUGUUAUAUUGAAA